AUGCAGCAGCCUCCGCCGCAGUCGCUGAUAGGGCCUGCCUCGCAACCCUCGAGGUCAUCCGGGACUCAGGUGCAGCCGCCCGUUGUUGUGACAGAGGCUGACAGAAUAGCAUGGAUGCGACGAUUUCUAGCAGCAUUGGACUUAUGGAAGCGAUGCCUUGACUCGGCUACCCCAAGCUUCCAGGGCAGCGCGCCAAAAGAGGAAGCAAGUGCACAGACGGACCCGCCCUGGAAGCGGCAGAGAGUGGAAACAAUCCCACAAGGUCCAGAAACGCAGAAGGCAAUCACUGAAGUCAGUUGA